AUGUCGGAACUAUCUCUAGAAACGGCYAUUAAACUCAUACCUCAUUUUAAUGGCCAAAAUGACGAUGAUAUUUACCCUUUCAUAAACGCUUGCGAAUUCGCGAUGUCAUGCGUAAAAGAAACGUGUAAACCUAUUUUACUAAAAGCGAUWAGCACUAAAUUAAGCGGUAAAGCAUUUACAGUAACACAAAAUAGGGAAAUAUCAGACUGGGUUGGAUKCAAAUCUUUACUAGAAUCAGCAUUUUGCACAAAACGUACACCUGGUUAUUUACAACUGGAACUUAACUCUACUAGGCAAAAAUUAGGGGAACCAGUACAGGAUUAUUCGGGAAGAAUAGAGAAAUYAUUCCACGAAUUAUGUAAUGUUAGUAUAACAGGUAAAAAACCAGUAGAAGCAGAUGCUAUUCGGAAUUAUAUCAAAGAAACCACCCUCACAUCAUAUGUAGAAGGACUACAUCCCAAUUUAAGGCAAAUAAUAAAAGCAAAAACCAUACCGACUCUCGAAGAAGCUAUUAAAGAAAGCCUAGAAGAAGAAAAGUUACUUGAGUCAAACAAAGAGGCCAGACGCCUUCUUCAGAAUAACUCUAAACCAAGAACAAAUUAUAGCACAAAAUAUUGUAAUAUUUGUAAAAGAAAUAAUCAUAAUACAAUUAACUGCAGAUUUGCCKUGGAAAAUAAGCAAAAACAAGAGAUUACUCAAAAACCAAAUACCACACCACAACCAAAAAUGGUACAAAAAUUAACGUGUACAUACUGUAAAGCAAGGGGGCACAUUAAAGAAGAUUGUUUUAAAAAGAAAAGAAUGGACAAUAAAUACAAUCAACAAAACACGUCGGGAAACGAGUCCAGACCGAGCACGUCGGGCGAGCGCUCGGUCAAGGAGAUCAAAAAUUAG